UCUACGCAACGACCACACGAUUUUUCUUUCGUCGUCAACCUCAUCACGGCAACGAGCCCGGCCAGCCCUCCGAACCCGCGUCCGUGCCCCUCUCGAAGCGCUGCCGUCAGCUCGGCUUCGCAGUCACGGGGAACGCGACGAGCUCCCGCGGCGGCGGCGGCCUCCGCGAGAAGGCGAGGGCCGUCGCUCGCUUCGCCGGAUCCGGCGCCCGCCAUCCGCAUGCGGAUGGUCAGUACUCCGGGGGUCCGGUCCCCGGGGUCGCGUUCAACCCCUUCGACAUCGAGGCCGACCCUCCGCCGUUGGCGUUGACGCCCGAGCAGAUCAAGCUAUGCAAGGAUGCGCUCGCGCAUUUCGAGCGGAGGAGCAAGCAGCUGGAUGUCUUGUCCGACGAGUUCCAACUGCUUCAGGGCAUGAGAACAAUGCAUCCGGAGCUGAUGAAAAUGUCUAGUGUAGCUUGUGAUGCUGCCAAUAGGGAGAAAAACCGCUAUAUUGAUGUCUUACCAUUUGAUGAUACCAGGGUACGGCUAAAAUCAUCAGCAACCAAUCAAAUUUCUGGCAAUGAUUACAUCAAUGCAAGCUUUGUAAAGGCUACUGAGGACAACAGUGUUGCAAGAUUUAUUUCCACCCAGGGACCACUAGUCAGGACAUUUGAGGAUUUUUGGGAAAUGAUUUGUGAAAAUCAGUGUCCUGUGAUUGUUAUGCUCACACAGUUCGACAGUGUUAAGUGUGAUGAGUAUCUUCCGUUGCAAAACGGUCAAGGGACGUAUGGGAAGUAUAAUGUUAAGAUUAUGAAGGACACAAGAGAUAAGCAACAGUUAUGUUUGCGUGAUGUGGAGGUGCAGUGCAAUGAGUCAGGCAAGGCUCAUUCUGUACUCCAUAUAGAGUAUCCUGAUUGGCCCGACCAUGGCGUACCAACAAACACUGAUGCUGUGCGACAUAUUCAAAAACGGUUACAUCACAUUCCAAGGGAACAUCCUAUAGUCGCACAUUGCAGUGCAGGAAUUGGGAGAACCGGUGCUUACAUCACCAUCCAUAGUUCAAUUGAGAGGAUUCUCCUUGGAGACAUAAACUCUUAUGAUCUUGUUGAAACUGUAAAAAAAUUUAGGUCCCAGCGAACUGGAAUGGUUCAAACUGAGCAACAAUACAUGUUCUGCUACCGUGCAAUUGCGGAUGAGCUGAAAGAUCUGCUGAGGUCAUCAGGCGUUUGAGGUAUUUCCCAAGGAAGAACCGGAGUGCUACCGUAUUGUUGCCCUUCUGUUUCCAUCAUAAACCGAAGCAUUUUGUCGCUCGUCACUUUUGUUGAACUGUUCCUCGACCAAUAGUAGCAGAAUCAGUAGAGUUUACAGCAUCUGGUGGACCAAAGCAUGUAAGCAGCCCUCCGUGAACUGUUCCUCGACCAAUAGUAGCAGAAUCAUGGGUCCAUUUCCCUUGUGGACGAUUUAUAUUGUUUCCCAAGACAUCAAGAAGAUUAAUGCCAGGCGUAUAUAUCUGGAUGAGACCAAUGCCUCGUUGGUUCUAUCAAAACUGAUAACUGGGCAUUUAGGAUGAUUAUUUGAUUAUUUAUCGUGUCUGUGUGGAAGCCUUUCUCAGAGUUGUUGAAAAUGUAUCAACUACAUUUUUCAAGUCUUCUAUCUAUACUAGCAAAACCUCGUGCAGCAGCAUGCUAUGCACGUCAGGGAGCGGGAGAAUAUGAGGUGAUACCAUCACUCAAGCACUCCCGUGAUACCAUUUUAAAUAAUCCAA